AUGACGACGGCGGCAUGGCCACGGCCACGGCCUCGCCCACGCCGCCUCCUGCAGCCUGGAUGCCUCCGCUCGCUCGGGCACGGCCUCUGCUCCCGCUGUCUCUUCCUCCUCCUCUGCUUCCUGGUGGUCGCCUUCGCCUCCAUCUCCUCCGCCGGGCGUGUGGUCACCAGCUUGCCUGGCUUCGACGGGGACCUCCCCUUCCACCUCGAAACAGGGUACGUGGAGGUGGACGAGGACGCCAGCGUGGAGCUCUUCUACUACUUCGUCCGGUCCGAGUCCGGCGCCGGCAGCGACGCCCCUUUCCUCUUCUGGCUCACCGGCGGCGACCGCUGCUCCGUCCUCAGCGGCCUUGCCUACGAGAUUGGUCCCAUCAGAUUCGUCCUAGAGCCCUACGACGGCACCCUGCCGCGCCUGCGAUUCAACCAAAACUCGUGGUCAAAGGUGUCACAUAUCCUCUUUGUCGAUUCACCGGUUGGAGCUGGAUUUUCCUUUUCCAGAGAUCCUAAAGGCUAUGAUGUCGGAGACAUCUCGUCCACACUGCAGCUACGUGACUUCCUCAUCAAGUGGUUUAGUGAUCAUCCCGAGUACCUAGCGAAUCCUUUCUACAUUGGUGGAGACUCUAAUGCUGGGAAAAUUGUACCAUUCCUUGGGCAGAUGAUUUCAGAAGGUAUUGAGGUUGGAAGGAGACCCUUUCCUAAUUUGAAGGGCUAUCUGGUUGGUAACGCAGCCACCGGCGAAAGUAUUGAUUCUACUUCGAAAGUGCCCUAUGCUCAUGGAGUUGGUAUUAUAUCAGAUCAAUUGUAUGAGACGAUAUUGGGGCAUUGCCAAGGAGAGGACUACACUAAUCCUGCAAAUGCACUGUGUGCUCAGGCUCUGGAUACUUUCAACAGUCUCAUCAACGAAGUUCAGAAAUCCCAAAUUUUACUGGACAGGUGCGUGUACGCUUCUCCUGCACCAAAUGUCGUCAGCAGAAUGGACGGCCCAGAUGGUAGGAGGAUCCUGAGGGCGGAGAUGGGAAGAGGGAUGCUAAAUCAUCCGCCAGCUCGUCCUCCAUUUGGUUGCAUCACUUACGGCUACUACCUGUCGUAUUUCUGGGCAAAUGAUAAACGCACUCGAGAAGCUCUUGGGAUCAAGAAGGGAACAGUGGACGAGUGGGUGAGGUGCCACGACGGAGAUCUGCCUUACACGAAAGACCUCAAGAGUGCCAUCAAGUACCACCGGAACCUGACGUCCAGAGGCUACCGCGCCCUGGUAUACAGCGGCGACCAUGACCUGCUGGUGCCACACCUGGGCACCCAGGCCUGGGUCAGGUCGCUCAACUUCCCCAUCGUCGACGAGUGGAGGGCGUGGCAUCUCGGUGGCCAAGCCGCCGGGUGGGUUCACGAUAAGUUACUCCAACAACAUGACGUUCGCGACAAUCAAAGUACUUUCUCGAGCAUUCACAUUUGGUAUCUUGUCACCAACUGGAAUGGAUUUGCAUUGGAAUUGCAGGGUGCUGGGCACACGGCGCCGGAGUAUGAGCCGGAGAGGUGUUUUGCCAUGUUCAGCCGCUGGAUACUUAACAAUCCACUCUAA